GGCGAGAAGCCCUUCCUGUGCCCACAGUGCGGCAAGAUGUUCUCCGACCCGUCCAGUUUCCGCCGGCACCAGCGAGCCCACCUGGGAUUCAAGCCCUACCCGUGCGACAAAUGCUCCAAAAGAUUCCGACAGCCGGCCGAUCUGGCCGUGCACGAACGGGUCCACUCCGGGGAGCGACCUUACAAAUGUCAGAGCUGCGACAAGGCCUUCGUGGCAUCCUGGGACCUGCGCCGGCAUUUGCUGGUCCACACGGGUCUGCGGCCCUUCUCGUGCAGCGAGUGCGACAAGUCCUUCGCCGAGCGCUCCAGCCUCAACAAGCACCGCCGCGUGCACUCGGGAGAGCGGCCGUUCAAAUGCGGCGAGUGCUUGAAGUCAUUCGUCGUGUCCUCCAGCCUGCGCAAACAUGAGAGGACUCACUUAGCCGAGCAGGCGCAGGCGCGCCCGCCGACGCGACCGGAGGACGAGGACGAGGCUGCCGGCUUGGCCGGCCGCCGCGCCACUCUGCCACAGUUCUCCUGCGCUCACUGCGACGCCACCUUCGGCACCUGGGGUGAAGUCCAGGCCCACGAGAACCUCCACGUCCAGCGGGCCAAGACGGCGGGCUCGCACACCUGCUCCACCUGCCGGGCGGAGUUCUCCGAGGCGGCGGAGCUGCAGGAGCAUGAGAAGCAGCAUCCCAAGCCCAGGCCUCACGUGUGCGCCAGCUGCGGCAAAGGUUUUCUCAACCGGGCCGGCCUGCGCAAGCACCAGAAGAUCCACUCCAGCAGUAAACCUCACAGCUGCUCCCAGUGCGGAAAAGCCUUCCUGUUCCCCGCCUACCUCCGCAAGCACUUACGGACGCAUGCGGCCGCCUCGCGGUCCGACCUGAACAUCAUCCACACCGACCCGCUGCCCUCGCCGCCGCCCCCCGGCGACCCGCCGCCCACGGCCGCGGAGGCCAGCGGCACCUCCUUGACCGAUCCCGUCAGUGUGUCUGCCGCCGCUUUUCACACUCUGCCAGAGUACCUGAUCAAGGAAGAAGGACUUUAAAUUCCACUAGUGGCCGUCAACUGAGUUACAGUUCUUGGGACCAAGCCGUAGGGGUGUGACAUUUAUGGUGGAUUUGCGGAAAUUAA